AUGUCGUUGCUGCUGAUCAUCAACGCUUCGAACGCAUUCAUCAACUCGAUACCAUCCGACCGACGACAACUUGACACGCAACUCUACAACAUUCGAAAGAAUACCAGGAUCACAUUUGGUUCCGAUCAAUCCGUUGAUGGAAGUGAUGAAGAAGAAGCCUACGUCAAGGAUCGAGCUGAAAGAGAUGCCAUAAUCGAAGGCGUGCUGAAAGAGCAGGAUGAAGAGUUCAAAGAGGAACGGCGAAAGAAAAGAUGGGGCGAGUUUGCGGAUGCCAAGACCAAGGAAGACAUUCUGAAAGUCGAAGAAAAAAUAAAAGAAGCAGUUGCUUUGGAAAAUCAAAGGAAGGCUGCAUUAGCCCAAACACAAGGUGUAGACAUGGAGGUGCUCGAGCCAGUAGAUACAGGAGUUGCAGACGACAACGGAAACAUUCAGAUCAAAGCGGGUUCAACAUCCAAUUGGUACAAUCAGGUCGAUGAGGAGCUUCAAGAAGAGUGGAAGGCACUUGAGAGUGGCAGUGAGGGCGUCAAGGUGGCUGAUGGCCAGAAUGAAGCACCCGAGACAGUCGAGGUCGAUGGAAAAAUUGUUACCCGUGACACUCUUCAAGGUGUACGUGUUGGAUCUGCUGGCGGCUGGUCACUGGAAGUGUUUCCUGGUGAUUUCGUCGUACAUCGCAAAUAUGGAAUUGGCCGCUUCGAGAGGACAUGUUUGCGAUCUAAAUCUAAGCUGACAGAGGAGGAAAAAGAAGCCAGAGAUAAACGCAGAACCGAGCUCUUAACAGAGGAACUCAAGAACAUAGCUGGAGGAGUGACUCCUGCUAAGAUGAAAGAAAUUCAAGCAAAAUUUGGAACCGAGGAAGAUACAGAUCCAAUAUCGAACCCACAAUCCACUGUUCUAGAAGUUGCGUAUGCGGAUGGUAUUGUUCAUGUCCCAGUCGAUCGUGCCUAUAGACUAAGUCGUUAUAGAUCGGGUGAUGCAGCAAUUAAGCCAAAGUUGUCCAAAGUACGAGGUGAUGCAUGGCGGAACGCGAGACGAAAGGUGGAAGAGAGCACUUUGGAGCUCGCUCAGGACGUCUUGGCACUGUAUGCCACCCGUGAAACCCUGCAGAGACCUCCAUUCAAUCCCGCAAAGGAAGAAGAAGUGAAGGAGUUCGGAACCUCGUUCAGGUUCGAGCCAACCCCAGACCAGAAGAGGUGUUUCGAGGAAGUUGAGAAUGAUAUGGUAUGGAGAUCCCGUCCGAUGGAUCGAUUGAUUUGUGGAGAUGUGGGAUUCGGAAAGACAGAAGUCGCCAUGCGAGCCUUGCAUCGGGCUGUUACCAACGGGAGACAGGCUAUAUUCUUGGCCCCUACAGGAGUUUUGGCGUCUCAGCACUUCAAAAACGUAGUAAAGAGAAUGGGAGAAGAUACAAAAUACGGCAAGAAAGUUGCUCUUCUGCGUGGUGGUAUGGGUAAGACAUCGAAAGCCGGAAAGGAAUUGCGACAGAGGAUUGCACAAGGAGAAGUAGAAAUUAUUGUUGGAACUCAUGCCCUUCUUUCGAGGGAUAUGAAAUACAAAGAUCUUGGCUUGUUGAUUGUCGACGAGGAACAACGUUUUGGAGUGAAACAAAAGGAGAGACUAAAAGUGAUUUACGAUGGCAUUGAUGUCCUAACACUCACUGCUACUCCGAUUCCAAGAACUUUGCAAAUGUCCUUAUCAGGAAUCAGAGAUACAUCUACGAUCCGAUCUCCCCCUCCCAUGAGGAAGGCAACAAAAACCUACGUGCAAGAUUUCAACAGGGAUAUUGUACAGCUAGCAAUCCAAAAGGAGCUAGACCGUGGUGGUCAAUGCUACUACGUGGUUCCUCGCAUUGCCCUGCUUGAUGCUGCCGAAGAAAUGAUCAGAGAGUGCUUCCCUGAUAUUCGUGUGAUCCAAGCUCACGGACGUAUGGGUCGUACCACUGCAGAAGACAAUGUGUCCGACUUUGCUGAAGGAAACUACGAUAUUCUAUUGGCAACAACAGUGAUCGAGAAUGGUGUUGAUAUUCCAGCUGUCAACACAAUUAUUAUCCAAGACAGUCAAAACUUUGGAAUAUCGACCCUUUAUCAGCUUCGUGGUCGUGUCGGCCGUUCCGAUUUGCAAGGAUAUUCCUAUUUUCUUCACCGUGAGGAGUCAAUUACCGAACAAGCGGCUAUGCGACUCCAGGCUAUUGGAGAACUGAACGAACUCGGAUCUGGUUUUGACGUUGCCAAUAGAGAUUUAGAAAUUCGAGGGGCCGGAAGUCUGCUGGGAACCGAACAAAGUGGAAUUGCUAUGCGUGUUGGGUUUGACUUGUACAUGCGCAUGCUCAAGAAGUCCAUUCGUCAACUUCGGGGGUUGGAUCUUCCAUUGGUUCCAAGGACCAACGUCAUUCUACCAAAGAAGCAAGGAAGUCUAUCAGGUGAAAAUGCGUCGAACCAACUUUCCAUUCCAGAGGAUUAUAUCCCGGACGGAAAUGAGCGAAUGACAGCCGAAUCCGCGGGUCGACUGGCCGAGAGUUCCGCCAAACUUGUGGAACUGACCAACGGAUGGAAAAAGAAGUAUGGUCCGUUGCCUGCUAAUCUACAGACCAAAUUGAAAACACUUCACUUGCAUGCCUGCACAAGACGCUUAGGAAUAGACUUGAUUGGCCUUGUAGACAAUGGAGAUGGGACCACUGACUGUGUCAUGCGAUCACCAGGACUGCGACCAAGACAUCUAGGAAUUAUUUUGCCCCUGCUUCCUAAGGGACUUCCUGUGAAGGGAGUUGACGUUGUGUUUCCAGAACGACUCGUGAAAGCUUUCGGAGUGGACGAAGUUCAUGGUGGAAAAAAGGUUGACUUGAAGGCCCUUUUGGAUGACCCUUCUCUAGAUGAAGAUUCUGAAAGCUGGGAUGCAUUGGAUGAAGAAGAAAUCGAAGCCAUGAAGGAAAUAUCGUCCGCCUUUGAAGUGAAGAAUAUGGAUGAUGUCGACAUUGAGCAGUAUCCGAGAUUUGUCAUGAAGGACUUUGGAACUGGUGCCAAGGCAGUCGAUAAAAUUCUGCAAGUUCUACUACCCUACGCCAAGGUGGUGCUCGAAAAACAGGAGAGUGAAAAGGACAGUGCGAAGGCAGCUGCCGAAUUGCGAGAACGACGUGAACUCGUGCGUCAAAACAAAAAGGUGGCCGACAAAAAGAAAUCAAAAUCAGCGUUUGUGAUGACCGAGUAA